AUUUGACCUUAUCCCUAAUUUUUAUUAGGAAACCCAGAACUCCCCCAGCUAAAAAAACCCUCCACCUGCCUCCUCUCUCUGAUUCUCAUUAGCUCUCGUCGACACUCACUCAGCUCCUACCUCGACCACACUCCGCCUAGAUGCAUAUAUUUGAGUAACAAUCCAUUUCUGAGUUGCUAUAGAACAAGAGAGCAACAGCCACCUGUGAAGAAGAGCACCCAUUGCCGCACCAGAGAGAUUUAAAAAUGGGACUGGGAUUGAUUAUGGGAUUGGGAAGAAUAAUGAGGAGAAAAAGGACAUCAUCCCUUGAUAUUCUCUCUUCAAAGAGGGCACCAAGGGAUUACUACAAGGGAAAGAACUGCAAGCCAACCGGGUUUCAUACCCGUAAAGGUGGGUAUGUUGUGGUACAUGAAAAGCUGCCGAACUAUGUUGUCCCUGAUCUGACUGAUUUCAAGCUAAAAGCUUACGUUUCACAGUGCCCUUUAGAAGCUAAAACUGCUGAGGCAAGUGAUGCAGCAAAAUAAGCUAAUGGUUUUGACACCAAGUUCUGUUACUUGAUACAACUUUCAGGCCUAGGAGUAGUCAUGAAAAACGUUUUGAAAUAUUAAGUCAAAUAAUAACAAAUUAUGGACACUAUUUUAAAAACCUAAGAAACAUGUUAGUGACUGUCCUUUGAUUUUGCUUUCCUUCUGAGCAUUGACUGAAGAGAAGUUUUCCAUGGAGGAUCAAAAAGGGGUUCUUCUAAUUCUACAGAACAUAGGUAAUAGUGUAAAUUGUUUGUUUGGAGCCCCGGCAUGAGGAGCAGGUUUUGGGUUCCGAGCGAUACUUUGGAUUUUGCAAAAUUGUUGUUGGGGAUGAAGAGGGUCCUGGUUGUGAGGGGGAUUUUUGGAGACACGAGCUCCCAUAAAAGGGGUUUCUGUACCUGGUUAUAUGCAGUCAGAAGGUAUGGAUUUGGAAUUUGAGAUUUAUCCAAUCCAAUAAUCUCAUCUAUAUUCUAUGGUUUGGUUGGUGUGCAUGGAAUUGACUUGAAUAUGCUAUGUAGAUAUCAAUGCUCGAAAUAGAUUCACUUCCCCUUACUGGCGUAGGACUUAUCCCAAUAUUUUGUUUUCUAAAAGUAAAAUAAAUUAUCAAUAUUAGUUGGAUUUACUUCAAA